AUGCAGCCGUCUUUCUUGUCUGCUCAUCGUCUACAACCGACUACCCCGCUGACUUCAACUGAAACUUCAAGUCCUUUCUUUUUGGACCAGAGUGUUCGGCCAACACAGUUAGCUGUUGCUAGCUCUUUUCCAGCUCAAACCCCAUUGCAUAAUGAACCUCUUCCACCUCCCGUGACCCAGAAUUCUCCGUCAAUAUUCUCUAAUAUUAUGCAUCGUUUUUCAAAACCUACAAUUCUAAAUGGCUUAGCUCAGCAAAUGACAUCACAUCAAUCCACUUCCUUGGAGCAAACUGAGAAACCUUCGUUUUUGAAUCAGAAUGCUCAAGUGCCGGGGUCCGCAGUUGGGAGCUCUUUUCUAAAUUCACCAGUACAAACUCAAAAUCUAUCACAGAAUAGCUAUGGAAAAGGUUUCUUGGCUGGAAUUACUGUGGUCAAUUCCUUGACUCAACACCAACGAUUCGCUUCGACUUUGCCUCAAACGUCAGCAACGAUUAGUUUUCGCACAACUACGGCUAGCGAGAAUUUCCCGAUUAAUGGAAAUUCCGGGAAUUCAUGGGCCCAUGCGAGUCUACCCAAUUGUGCAAAUGUUGGAGCAAGAACAGAGAACAAUAACAACACUUGGAAUGCUCAGCAAGCUCAGAAUGAAAACUCCCACACCUCACAUUGA